CAUAAUCACGCGACCACAUGUGACCGGAGGGUCAGAGGGGUAACGUAACGGGGCAGUUUUGACGCCGGGUAGCUUGUCAGAUGAGACGGUUUCCCUUAAGUCAUUUUUGCUGUCACACUGGUCAUCUUUUACCACGGAGGGCUACGGACUGAAACAGCGGCAGACAUGUCGUACUGCAAACAGGAAGGUAAGGAUCGCAUCAUUUUUGUGACCAAGGAGGACCAUGAGGCACCCAGCAACGCUGAGCUCAUUGCAGAUGACCCUAAUGACCCUUAUGAGGAACAGGGUCUGAUCUUGGCAAAUGGAGACAUCAACUGGAACUGCCCGUGCCUUGGCGGCAUGGCCAGCGGACCGUGCGGCUCUCAGUUUAAGGAGGCCUUUUCCUGCUUCCACUACAGUAAGGAAGAGGUGAAGGGCUCCGACUGCAUCGACAACUUCCGCGGCAUGCAAGAGUGCAUGCAGAAGUACCCUGAGCUCUACCCUCAAGAGGAAGAUAAAGAAAGCUCCUCCAAAGCAGAGUCCGACUCUGGUUCUGCCUCUGCUGCCCCAACUGAGAGCACCGCCUCCCCCCCUGAAACUGACUCUACCCCGGCUGCUGCUACACCUGCUUCUGAUGCCUCAUCUGACGGCGCAUCGCCCACAGACACCCAGAGUGCCAGCUAAGGUCCACCUGUUGUCAUCCAGGAUUCUCUGUGUCCAAUCACUGCCCCACAUAACUGACUCUCCAGGGGGAGCUCUGAUUGGCCUCUUCACCUGUUUAAGCCCACAGAUAGAGAGGGCUUGAUGACAUAGCUCUGAUUCUCAUGGGCCAUAUUUACAGGCCAUCAGCGAAGGACUUUGUGAAGGCAGAUGAAUGCAGCACAUUUACACUGUAUACGCUGCUUUGUUUCAUGGGCAUUCAAAAUCGUUGAAGAAUAUAAUUUAAUGACAGCGGGCUGAGCUGCAGGGACAUCAGUGGAAAGACUCACUUUCUAGGCAAUCGGGAUCUAAUUUCUUGUCUGUUCUCGUGUCAAUCAAAAAAAUAUUGUUCAUUGGCAUCCAUUAUGUGUGUUGUCCUGUUUAUGUUGACAGCCCAGAGAUAUAUAUAUAGCACUAUUUUGAUUAAUCAUACAAUCUGACAGAAAUCCAUCGAGGAAUCAAUAGAUCUUUUGAUUGGAAUUUCUUUUUCUUCUUUGUUUUACUGCAAUUCAACAUUUAAUUAUUUAGUUUUCUAUUACUCAAAAGAACAAAUGACUUAAUUGGUAAAAAAAAAAAAAACAUGGCAUCUGUUUGGGUAAAAUUAAGAGGUUUUUAGCUGCGUUUGUUGACAUCCUGUAAGAACUUCAGGGUUUCCAUCUACAUCUGUGUACGUAUGCAAAAUGUUGUCAUCUUCAUAAUUGAUACUGUUUCUGGCCAAGACCAAAGUGGUUUGUUACAUUUUACUGUCACUGAAUACAUGUUUCUGUUGUCUGAACACUGUCUGGACUCUUGGAUGCUCUGAUCACCAUACAGUGACCUUCCUCUAAAGGCUUGAUCGGUGUUUCUCAAACAUGUCCAGAUUAAAAUGAUUGUGGAAAAAUCCAA